AUGUUUGAAGAUCCUUUGGGAGAGAUUGCCGUGGCUGACAGCCAAUUUUUGGGCUUUUGUUGUCAUUGUGCGACGGUCGCGGAGGUUCGAGAGUACCAACAAAGGCUCAAGAAAGAAUAUCCAAAUGCGGCUCACAUUCCAGUCGUCUACAAGACGGUCGAUGGGAGCGAAGGUUGGGACGAGGACGGAGAACCGCCCAAAUCCGUUGGUCCUCCCAUCAUGUCCGUCAUCCAAGAGCAAUGGAGUGAUAGCUACGUCGUGGUAGCAGUGGUGCGGGUUUGGAACGAGCAGCUCUUGGGAGUGACAUGUGGCCGAUUGCCGCAAUGUUAUCAAUCCAUUGCCCGUUUAGCCCUGCAUCGGUAUGGGACGGAACGUAUGAAUCCAUUGCAUCGCGAUAUUCGACAAGUGGAUCAAUCCGUCUACGGGUUGGCUGCCGGAGAUUGUGAAUUGAUUUUGGACAUUGUUCCAGAUCCUUACAAUACUUUGCUACAACAAGUCCAACUGGAACUCAACUUUGAUGGCUUUAAAGGUGCCGAAGGAGAGGUGCUGCCUCGACUGCAGAAUUUGCAAGCCGAUCUGUCGCAAAAUGUCGUUCCCGUCUAUCGGUAUCCUGGAAAUUAUCAAGGCGAUGAGUGGGAAACCUUUCAGUGGUCCCCGGUAUCUCUCAUGAUUAAGAAAGCAGUAGAAGAUCAGUUGCUCUUGCCCCAAAAGAUGAAUCAUUGCGUCACCAAUUUUUAUCGAGAUGGCAAGGAUUUCAUUGCGCAUCACUCGGACAAAGAUUUGGAUUUGAAUCGGCAAGGCGUCAUCGUGAGCGUUUCCUUGGGGGACGAACGAAUCAUGGAAUUGAGGCGCCGGGCCGAACCCAAAGAUGUGACGCGGAUAGUCUUGCCUCCGCGAUCCAUGUUGGUGCUUGGCCCAAAGACCAACAAGGAAUUCAGUCAUUCCAUAUUGCAAAAGCCAGACGCUACCCAACCCAGAAUCAGUCUGACCAUGCGAGAAGUCCGAACGUAUUUGGAUCUGAGUUCUGGCCUCUUGUAUGGACAAGGGGCCAGUCGAAAGUCUUUUGCGCAGCUGCGAUUACGAAAUCUAUUGGAUAGUGCCAUCCUCGUAUUAGGGAUGGGUGGAGCAGCUUCCAAAAUACUUUCCAAAACACAAGACAACUCCAUGUCGAAAACCGAAGGUGCUUUGUGGUUUGGAGGAUUGCUCGCGGGAUCAUGGGGAAUCAAGAAACUAGUCCACAGGUGGUACAAACAACAAGAGGAAAAUGAAGCGAGGGAGUUCUUUUCCAAGUCUUCCAUGAGUGGAACCAAGUACUGA